AAAGUACGCUCAUCGUUCGAAAAAUGGGAUUUGGUGACUAUCCUAAAGAAUAUAAUCCAAGUGUGCAUGGACGUUAUGAUCCUUCAGUAUACUAUGGUCCAAAAGAUACAGCGUUCGGAGAUGUAAAGCUUAGCGAUCUUGGUUCUUGGUUAUCCAGACGUAAAUAUUCUCCACCAGCAAUAACUGCUGCUAUAUCAAGGGCAUGGUGGCGUUGGCAAAUGAAAUACGUUCAACCUAAGCGCACUGGAAUGGCUCCUCUUUAUCAUUUAUUAAUUGGUGCAAUGACCUUCAGUUAUGCAAUUAAUUAUAAACGUAUCAAGAAUCAUCGGCAUCGUAAAUAUCAUUAACCGUUUCAUUAUCAUAUAACUACAAGUUUUUUGGGUAGUUCGAAUUUAAUGUAAUAAAAUAAUGUACAGUUUAAAUAAAAUUAUGUGAAACACUAAUAAAACCAA